AUGGAGAUCACCGAAAAAGAAACUUCUUUGUCCAAUAUUUCACCGUUGGCAGAUGUCGAGAAAGCAUGGUUAAGCCAUUCUGCUUCUUCGAGUACCACCUAUAUUCCUGACGAAAUCUGCACCCCUUCACCGACCACGAAGCUAUACUUGGACUCUCCAAUUUUUGAAAGGAUACCCUCGAGAGAGUACAUAUUCUGGACUAUCUACCGGCAACUUUUUUCCGUUGUUUUCAUUGCAAACCUAGCGGUCUUGAUCUGGAUUUUGGUCUGUGAUCGAAGUAUUGUACGUGUAGCCGAUGCUACAGCCGCGAAUUUUCUAGCUUGUGGUCUUGCCCGCCAGCCUUUGGUGGUGAACGGCUUCUUUAUUACACUGUGUUCGAUUCGCAAGUCUCUGCCUAUUUGCCUCCGACGUAUUGCUGCCAAAAUCUAUCAAUAUGGGGGUAUACACAGCGGAUGCGGAAUUGCGUCUUUGUUAUGGUACGUGGCGUUGGUGGUGCUGAUGACCCGCGAGUUCUGCAUUGCACCAACUCACACUCUAAUUACCACCAUCUCGCUCGUCCUCUCUCAUGUCAUCCUUGUGCUACUCCUAGCUAUUAUUGGAGUCUCCUACCCAGCUUUUCGCGUUCGUUAUCACAACGCAUUUGAACUAACCCAUCGGUACUGCACCUGGGUAGUCGUUGCUCUCUUCCUUGCUCUUCUCAUCAUCUUUGCCAAGACGGUAUCCUCUCACUCUCAAAGUCAAUACCUUCUCCAUUUUCCCGCAUUUUGGUGCGUCUGCAUCUCGGCUCUGGCUAUUAUUCAACCUUGGACUCGUCUGCGCAAAAUCACCGUCCGCGCUGAGGUCCUCUCCUCACAUGCUCUACGUCUGCAUCUCCCAGGCUCCACCCGCUUCGGCAAAGUCAUCUCGCUGUCGCGGAACCCUCUGCGCGACUGGCACAGUUUUGCUACAUUCUCUGAUCCAGAGUCUAGUCAAAAUGUCGACUCCUCAUUCUCUUUGAUUGUUUCACGCGCUGGUGACUGGACAUCUUCCAUAAUUGCCAAUCCUCCAACAACCUUGUACACCCGUGGACAGAAGACCUACGGUUUCACCCGUGUGAUGCGUCUCUUCCACCGCAUUGUCCUUGUUGCUACAGGAAGCGGCAUUGGACCUUGUCUGGCAUUCUUGGCAGAAAAGCACAAGAGGCCUUCGAUGCGCCUGCUGUGGCAAACUCGGGCUCCCACCCGGACGUACGGGUCUGAGGUGCUGGAGCUUGUACAUCGACUUGAUCCUGGUCCAAUGAUCGUGGAUACGGAUAAAUGUGGCCGGCGAGUUGAUUUGGUUCCCAUGAUUGCGGACUUAUAUCACGAGUCACAAGCAGAGAUGGUCUGUGUAAUAAGUAAUCAGCGGUUGACGGAGGAGGUACUGUAUCGAUUGAGAAGUCGGGGGAUAGCGGCGAUGGGACCUUUGUUUGAUUCAUGA